CGCCAGAAUGUCAGUGAGCGCGAAAAGGCGGAGCUCCCGGCCUCACGUGGUCUCCCCCUCCAAAAAAAUUGCAAUAACACAAGAAAGCACGCACUUCCCCAUUCCCAGCGGCCAGGGCAGCCCGAUGCGCGCAGAUACAGCAGCCUGCACACAGCGGCUCUCUCGGCCCUCGGCUGCUUCUGCCUGGCACUGCAAGCGUUUCCUCGCGCAAAAAAAGGUUCCAUUUUCCUGUUAUCUGUAAGUAAAGUGUCCCGGGGGACAGGGGCAGCGCUCACUAAGCGGCCACUUCACUUGUGCGCUUGGUUUGGACAAGAAACGCCACAAACAAGCAGUGCCCCGGGAAGCGGCGUAGAGGAAUUGUUUCUUUUCAAGGGGAGGUCUCACACUACUCCCCCACCCACUUAAGGACAGCGCCCCGCCUACUUCAAGCCAAUUGACAGGAGUCCUUCCCCCAGAAGUACUCACACUGACAGUAUCGGUUCCUCCUCUUUCCUCCCCCACACUGUGUUGGGACCGUCCUCCUUUCUUACACCCCCCCACUCCCCAAAGCUGACAGGAGCCAGGACCCACACGCCCUCUCUCACACCCCUGGAGCUGACAGGAGCCACUACUCUGAGGAGGAGGAGGAGGAGGCGGCGGCUGCUCUUAGUUUCUUCGGACUUCUGCUUCAGUUGCCUGUUGGGAAGUGUGUGGGACACUUUCUCCGCGGCCACCUAAACUACCGGGCAUCGGACUCCCAAACACACUGCUCUGACAGGACUUGGACGGUAGCGCCCACUCCCCUCCAAGUGAAAUCCUGCUGUGAACAAUCUUGUUGCAAUCGACCUGACUGCUGUUAUUUCCACCAAAGGAGUACUCUGCAAAAGUCCUAUUUCUGAACCAGUGAUGAGGCUGUACUAUACACUUCUGUGAUAGUUUUCAACCCCGUCAUCGGGAUUUGCCAACAAUGCACAUUUUCAGGAUAUUUUCUGAGGAACACAUGUCACGGCAAACAGGAGCUUCAUUCUUGCAGGUUAUGCAAGCUGACUAAACCUGCUCAUACAAGAAAAUACUUGGAUCCCCCUGGCAGUUUCUAUGAAAUUCUUUGCAGCUGACUCCAUUGAUGCUUUUGGUACUGUGCUGAAGACCGCAACAAUGAACUUGCUCUCUCUAUGUAUUGGAUAAUGGAGAUUGGGUUGUGUCUCAAAUAUACUGGUGACAUUGUAGACACAUUCACAUUCCAUGUAGCUUGAGGCCAAUCAGAGAUUUUAAGGAUGACUGACAUUACAGCAUCAUCCAAAAUGCGCAGAGGACUGCUCAAGGAUCCAGAUAUUGCUGACUUAUUCUGCAAGGAAGACCCAGAAAGAAUAUUUGUGGAUCUACAUGAAAUUGGCCAUGGCAGCUUUGGAGCUGUUUACUUUGCGACAAACUCUACAACCAAUGAAGUUGUUGCCAUUAAAAAAAUGUCUUAUAGUGGGAAGCAAAUGAAUGAGAAAUGGCAGGACAUAGUCAAGGAGGUAAAGUUUCUGCAACAACUACAACACCCCAACACCAUUGAGUACAAAGGGUGCUACUUGAAAGACCACACAGCAUGGCUGGUAAUGGAAUACUGUUUGGGUUCUGCUUCAGAUUUGCUUGAAGUUCAUAAAAAACCACUUCAAGAAGUGGAAAUAGCUGCCAUUACCCAUGGUGCCUUACAGGGGCUGGCUUACCUACAUUCUCACAACAUGAUUCACAGGGACAUAAAAGCUGGGAAUAUUCUGCUUACUGAGCCAGGUCAAGUAAAGUUAGCAGAUUUUGGAUCUGCAUCCAAAUCAUCUCCUGCCAACUCUUUUGUAGGAACUCCUUACUGGAUGGCCCCAGAAGUCAUUUUAGCCAUGGAUGAGGGGCAGUAUGAAGGGAAAAUAGAUAUUUGGUCUCUUGGUAUCACAUGUAUUGAAUUAGCUGAAAGGAAACCUCCAUUAUUUAAUAUGAAUGCAAUGAGUGCCUUAUACCAUAUAGCCCAGAAUGAGUCCCCAACACUACAGUCUAAUGAAUGGACGGACUCCUUCAAGGGAUUUGUAGACUACUGCUUGCAAAAAAUACCUCAGGAAAGACCAACAUCUUUAGAACUGCUGCGUCAUGACUUUGUGCGAAGAGAGCGACCACCCCGGGUCCUUAUAGAUUUAAUCCAGAGAACUAAGGAUGCUGUCCGAGAGCUGGACAACCUGCAAUAUAGGAAAAUGAAAAAAAUACUCUUCCAGGAAUCUCGAAAUGGACCAUUAAAUGAGUCUCAGGAAGAUGAUGAGGACAGUGAGCAUGGGACCAGACUAACCAGAAAGAUGGACAGUCUUGGCAGCAACCAUUCCAUUCCAAGCACGUCAGUCAGUACGGGUAGCCAGAGCAGCAGUGUGAACAGCAUACAAGAGGUAAUGGAAGAUGGAAGUCCUGACCUGAUCAUGAGUUUCAGCUGUAGUUUUGAUUCUACCUCUUCUCUCGUGCACAAAAAAGAUCAUGCAUUCAUAAGGGAUGAGGCGGACCACAGGGAUCCCAGGCCUGAACUGCGGCCUACCCAGUCAGUGCAAAGUCAGGCACUUCAUUACCGGACCCGCGAGCGAUUCGCUACAAUCAAAUCAGCAUCUUUGGUUACAAGGCAGAUCCAUGAGCAUGAGCAGGAGAACGAGUUGCGGGAACAGAUGUCAGGAUAUAAGCGGAUGCGGCGCCAGCACCAGAAGCAGCUGAUCGCCCUGGAGAAUAAGCUGAAGGCUGAGAUGGACGAGCACCGCCUUAAGCUGCAGAAGGAGGUGGAGACUCAUGCCAACAACGCGUCCAUCGAGCUGGAAAAGCUUUCCAAGAGGCAAAUCGUAGGCAUGGAAAAAGAGGCAAAGGUGGCUGCAGCGGAUGAAAGGAGAUUUCAGCAACAGAUUAUAGCCCAACAAAAGAAAGACUUAACAUCCUUCUUAGAAAGUCAGAAGAAACAGUACAAGAUUUGCAAGGAAAAGAUUAAAGAGGAGAUGAAUGAGGACCAUAGCACGCCUAAAAAAGAGAAACAAGAACGCAUAUCAAAACAUAAAGAGAACCUCCAACACACUCAAGCUGAAGAAGAAGCUCAGCUCCUUAGCCAACAAAGACUGUACUAUGAGAAAAACUGCCGACUCUUUAAAAGGAAGAUAAUGAUUAAGAGGCAUGAGGUUGAGCAGCAGCACAUUCGUGAGGAGCUUAAUAAGAAGCGAACACAAAAGGAAAUGGAGCAUGCAAUGCUCAUCCGCCAUGAUGAGUCCACACGGGAGCUAGAGUACCGACAGCUGCAAAUGCUUCAGAAGCUUCGGAUGGACCUCAUACGACUGCAGCACCAGACUGAACUGGAGAAUCAGCUGGAAUAUAACAAGCGUAGGGAAAGGGAGUUGCACCGGAAACAUGUGAUGGAACUUCGGCAGCAGCCCAAGAACCUAAAGGUUAUGGAAAUGCAGAUAAAGAAACAGUUUCAGGACACUUGUAAGGUGCAAACCAAGCAGUACAAGGCCCUAAAGAAUCACCAGCUGGAGGUAUCCCCAAAGUGUGAGCACAAGACAAUAUUGAAGUCCCUGAAAGAUGAGCAGACACGCAAAUUGGCCAUUCUGGCUGAACAGUAUGAGCAAAGCAUCAACGAAAUGAUGGCCUCACAAGCGCUGCGGUUGGAUGAAGCUCAAGAAGCAGAAUGCCAAGCUCUUCGGCAACAGCUUCAACAGGAGAUGGAGUUGUUGAACGCUUACCAGAGCAAGAUCAAGAUGCAGACGGAGGCACAGCAUGAGCGUGAACUGCAGAAGCUGGAACAGAGGGUGUCCCUCCGCAGAGCGCAUUUGGAACAGAAGAUAGAAGAGGAGUUGGCAGCUCUUCAGAAGGAACGCAGUGAAAGGAUCAAGCAUCUGUUUGAACGCCAGGAAAGAGAAAUUGAAACCUUCGACAUGGAAAGUUUAAGAAUGGGCUUUGGAAAUCUGGUGACGUUAGAAUAUCCCAAGGAGGACUAUAGAUGAGAGAGGACAGUUUUUGCCAUUCAAAUAAAUAACAAUAAUAAUAUUAACAAUGACAGCAAGGAGAACCUGCAAACGUACAUUCCCCAUUUUAACGGGCGUGCUCUCUCUCUCUUCUCUCUCUCCCUCCCACUCUCUCUGUCUCUAUCUAUCUCUCUGACGUCCGUCGGACACUAGUGCCUGUAAUUCUUUUUACUCACCAGGGUGCCUCUGGGCAAAUCUCAGCACGGAGCGAGCUCCCUGGCAUACCUCUCAAGUGUCCCUGAUUGUCACUCAAAUUUUCAACCCAUCAGAACAUUGGUGCUUGUUAUACAAACCGAAGAUUCAAAGAACGGGAAGGAGUCUUGAAGUAACAGUUGUGUUUUGUGUGGAAACUCUUCCUUUGCUCAUACCCCUUUUGUGGAAAGAGAUAACUUGAUUAUACAAAGUUUUGUCCAUGAUGUUCCUUGGGGAAGAUGUUGAGAGGUACGUGCUUUUGAUAUCUCAAUGUGAGGAUUGGCAAGGUAUUGCACCUUGGCAAAAAGCUUGCCGUGGUUAUGAGGUGAGGCCGUGUGUCCUUGAUGUCUGGGUACUUUGAGGGUUGAAAGCAUAGUAUUAACAGGUUGACCGUAUGGCAAAGAAUAUUGACAACAAUAUAUACAGUAUA